GGUCUUCUUUUGGGAGACGUUAGGGUCCCAUUGCAACUCACCAUGCCCUAAUGGACCACCGGUCAGCUCUAGAUUCUUGGUCCACACUUCAAACACUGCCUUCCCUACCAAGAAACCCCCACUUGUUUCCCCUAUUCCAUUUUAUACCAUCCACAUCCCAACUCACACACCAAACAUAUCGUAGGCUUUUGACUACUCUCUUAACAAUACGUUCGGAGAUUCGACCACGAUUUCCUCGUUUACCACCUCAUAUGAUGGUCGUUUGGAUUAGUGAAUGUGAUGAGGGAUUUAUGAGUAAUUUUAAAACAAUCUCUCGUUAUGCAGGAUUUUAAAACAAUUCUGCGUUUGGAAAUGUGAGAGAUUGUGGACAUGAGAAAAUUCUAAAUCUCUCAUAUGAGAGUUUUUAAAAUAGCUGAUGGGGAUCAGCUAUUUCACAAUCACUCAUUUUUUCUCAUUCUUUUCCAAACUCUGCCCCUCCUUUUGUUCUUCCUUUCUUAUUCUUCCUUAGGGAUUAGGGAUGGGUAUAAUUGUAACUUUAAUUUUUAAUUAAAAUCCUUCAUCUAUUCCCAAACAUGUUAUUUGGAUCAAAUCCCACGUUUAAAAUACCUGGGUUUUUAAUUGAGAGAUUUUAAUCCAAAUCCCUCAUUUACACCUUCCCUGAUCCAAACGAAUUAUAGAGAAUUUUCACCAACAUCAUGUGACUGAAUGAUCAAACAUUUUCUACCGCUAAGAUCUCCUAACAAUUUCGAUUGGAGUAUUUUUAAUAUCCGGAUGGUACGAUAGGGUUUGUUAAACAUUGAUCUUAGUAGAUAAAAGAUAAAUAAAGCUAGUAAGAAGGAGACGGUCAUUCACGUUCCUUUUCUCUGCAUUACAGGCCCGCCUCCGUUACCCCAGGCCCAAUCCAGCCUCCUUCAUCCAUGGUCCAGGUCCACCAGAUAUGAUCCACAAGUCCAUCCCUUUCCUCUAAAGCCCAAUUUUCCUUCCCAAACAUUUUAUAUCCGAAUAAAAAAGUAGAGUUUGAGCUGUCGCGCUGACGUGGAUACUGGAUAGUAAUCCAGUCCCAUUCGACAUCUGUCCUUCUCUCUUGCAUUCCCCCAGGUUCUCCCUUUCGCAACACGUGUCCCUCUCAUCUUUUCCUUUUUCCCUUCCUUUCUUCCUAUCCGUCUUUCUUCUUUUGUCCUCUUUCACGUCUCUUUCCUUUCUCUCGUCACUAUAUCUCUCUGUCUCUUCUUCUUCUUUCCCGAAGUGGAAAACACACACGUAUACCCAAAAAUGUCCGAAAUCAUCCACAAGAUGAAGGAGAAAGUGGGAUUGGGUUCGUCGGCGGCGGCGGAUGCGGAUUCAGGUAAGGGGAAAAGCAGAGUGGACAAGCACGUCACCCAUGGCUACCACCUGGUGAAGGGAAAAUCCCGCCACCCAAUGGAAGACUACAUCUUCGCCGAGUUCCGCAAAGUCGACGGCGGCAACGAGCUCGGCCUCUUCGCCAUCUUCGACGGCCAUCUCAGCCAGACGGUGCCGGACUACCUCCGCCGCAAUCUCUUCGACAACAUCCUCAAGGAGCCCAAUUUCUGGACGGAGCCGGAGAAGGCGAUAACCAGGGCCUACCGCGCGACCGACACCGACAUAUUGGAUGGUGCAGGGGAUUUGGGGAAAGGCGGUUCCACGGCGGUGACGGCGAUCCUGAUAAACUGUGAGAAGCUGGUGGUGGCGAAUGUCGGGGAUUCUCGCGCUGUGAUUUCGAGGAACGGCGUGGCUAAGCAGUUGUCUGUGGAUCACGAGCCCGGUCUGGAGAAGGAAGAGAUCGAGAAUCGCGGCGGUUUCGUCACCAAUUUUCCAGGAGAUGUUGCUCGAGUGGAUGGGCAAUUGGCUGUGGCUAGAGCAUUUGGGGACAAGAGUUUGAAGCAGCACCUGAGCUCAGACCCAGACGUCGUGGUCGAAAUGGUCGAUGAUGAAGGCACCGAUUGCAUCAUACUAGCCAGCGACGGCCUGUGGAAGGUAAUGUCGAACCAGGAAGCGGUGGAUGCUAUCAAGGACGUGAAGGACGCUCGUGCAGCAGCAAAGCGACUCACCGACGAGGCACUCAAUCGGAACAGCUCGGAUGAUAUUUCUUGCAUAGUCAUUAAGUUCUAGGCCUCUUGUAGUUGUAAUAUUACAGUUUGAAUACUGCAUCUCGUGUAAUGUAAUCUCUACUAAUCGGAUCUUUUUUUUUUUUUGUUUAGCUUUACACAUGUAGCUUGUUAGUUCCAUCACUGUCUUUUGUUCUUUAACUUUUACUCCCCUGUUUUCCUUGCCCUUUAUGCCAAGUACUAUCGGCCAUGAAAGGACUGGUGUUUUGUACUAUUAUCAGCGAGUUACAUUGUCCUUUUUCUCGAAGAGCUGAGAACUAUAUAAAGAC